AUGUCUGACGCAGGAGGAGAUGUUCAAGUGGCACCAGCCGCCAUCGCUCAGGGUCCAAUGGACAAGGAGCAAGCCUUGAGAGCUGUUCUUCGUGCUGCUCACCACGCCGAUGGACUCGCCAAGGGACUCCACGAGACCUGCAAGGCUCUUGACAAGCGUGAGGCUCAUUUCUGCGUUCUCGCUGAGAACUGUGACGAGCCACAAUACGUCAAGCUCGUCGAGACCCUCUGCGCUGAGCACCAGAUCCCGCUCAUCAAGGUUGCCGAUAAGAAGAUCAUCGGAGAGUACUGUGGACUCUGCAAGUAUGACAAGGAAGGAAAGGCCCGCAAGGUCGUUGGAUGCUCAUCCGCCGUUGUCACCAACUGGGGAAAUGAAGAGCAAGGACGUGCCAUCCUCACCGAUUACUUCAACUCCAAGAACUAA